AUGGGAAGAAAGGACAAGAAGAAGAAAGUCAGUGGUAGUGAGAAAACGCAAAAAAAAACGGAAAAGAAAUUGAACGCGAAAAUGAAAAAGGAACUCAACGCUAUUGGAGAGGAUGACAUAGAAAAAGUCGUGGCACAAAUCGAGAAGGAAGAAGCACGCAGGCAAAAAGUCGUGGAAGCCGUAGUUGCUCCACCUUCUCGUAGAGUAAACUUCACCCUUACACCACAUCCACUAAAAGACGAAUUGAUCAUGUUGGGUGGUGAAUUCCACGAUGGACAGAAGACAGUUGUGUACGGUGAUAUGUUCUUCUACAACAUCAACAAAAACGAGUGGACUGUUGUUAAAGCACCAGGUGCGCCUCCGCCUAGAUGUGGUCACCAGGCUGUUGCUACUCAGUCAAACAAAGGUGAACUUUGGAUUUUUGGGGGUGAAUUUUCCAGCCCUUCAGAGUCGCAGUUUUAUCAUUACAGAGAUCUCUGGGUGUUCCACAUUGGUGACAAAAAGUGGGAGAAAAUAACAGCCACUGGUGGACCUUCAGCAAGAAGUGGUCACAGAAUGAUUGCCAUUAAAAAAAAUCUUUAUGUUUUUGGAGGAUUCCACGACAAUCUGAGAGACUAUAAGUACCAUAAUGAUAUUUACUGUUUUGAAAUGGCAACAAGGACUUGGAGGAAACUUGAAACUUCUGGAAAUCCACCUGCACCCAGAUCAGGCUGCAUAGUUUUACCUACACCAGAUAACAAGAUACUUGUUUAUGGUGGCUACAGCAAAGAAAGAAUAAAAAAGGAUGUAGAUAAGGGACACGUUCACACUGAUAUGUUUUUGUUAAGUCCAGAGAAAAAUGAUCAGACGGGACUGAAAUGGAAAUGGACAAUUGUAAAACAAAGUGGAAUAACUGUGUCGCCAAGGUGCAGUGCAUCAGCAAUACUUGUCCAACCAGGCACAGCUUAUAUGUUUGGAGGAGUUUAUGACGAAGAAGAAAACGAAGAGGAACUCCAAGGAACUUUUUUCAACGAUCUUAUAGCUCUAAAUUUGAAUGAUCUCAAAUUACAAUGGCACACGGUAACAUUGAGCGGUAAAAAUAAUUCGACGACAAAAAGAAGACGACGGAAGGCAAAGGAUAACGAAAAUGAAGAAGAAAAUGAUGAAGAAAAGGAUGAAGAGGAGGAUGAAGAUAUGGCGGAAUCAGUCGAAGUUGUACCAAAAACUGUUAUAACAGACGAUGAUGGAAUAUUUACUGUAACCAUUGGUCCAGCACCAACAGCAAACAAAAUCGUUAACAAGGAUGGAACAACUGUAAAUAUAUUUAUGCCAUCACCAAGGAUUAAUCCUGGCUUGGCUGUAAAACACAAUAUACUGUAUUUGUAUGGAGGCAUGUACGAAGAAGGAGAUAAGCAAUAUACGUUGAGCGAUUUUUACAGCUUAGAUUGUAAGAAAUUAGAUGAAUGGGUGAAAAUAUUACAAGAUGAUCUAUCAACUCAAAUCUGGCUGGAAUCUAGUAGCUCCGAUUCAGAAUCCGAUGAUGAUGAUGAUGACGAUGAUGACGACGAUGAAGGUGGAGAUUCUGAUAAAAUGGAUGUAGAUGAUAAAUAAAUUUUUU